AUGAAUUUACUUGGUGAGAAAGAUAAAUCUAAUGUCACAAUCGACAUCGAAAAACGUGGGUCGUCAGACAUCAAUAGUUAUCAACCUGAACCACACAUCAUCUCAACAGGGUUUGACGAUUUCGAUGAUAAGUUAGAUGUGGCGCAAUAUGGUCAAAUCCAAAGGAAAUUAAAUGCUAGACAUGUUAAUCUUAUGAUUAUUGGACAAUCCAUUGGUUCCGGUCUUUUUAUUGGGCUUGCUACUCCUUUGACUACAUCAGGUUCCUUGUCUCUUUUCUUGGGUUUUUUGGUCUGGGCAUGUUUGGUGGUGUAUCCUUUAAUGCAAGGUGUUGGUGAAAUGUGCAGCUACUUACCAAUAAAAGGUACAUUUUUGCACUAUUCUGCAAGAUGGGUUGAUCCUGCUUUAGGUUUUGCUUGCACUUUGAUUUAUUUGUAUACCUCACUUAUGUUUGUUUGUUUGGAAGCUGUUGCUUUCGCAUCGUUAAUUAGUUUUUGGACAGAUGCAAACCCUGCAAUCUUCAUCACAGUUUGUCUUGUAUUAUAUCUUUUCGUUAAUGUAUUUGGAGUAAAUUGGUAUGGUGAAAUCGAAUUCUUUAGUUCCAUUUUAAAAGUCCUUUUAAUUCUCGGGUUGAUGAUGUUCUCUCUUAUAUCAAUGAGUGGUGGAAACCCUCAGGGUGAUGCAUAUGGUUUCCAACGUUGGUCCGAAGGAGGUCUUGUGAAAUCUUACUUAGUAGAAGGUACAACAGGUCAAUUCUUUGGGUGGUGGAAUGUCUUGAUUUACGCAGCAUUCGCAUGUGGAGGUCCUGACCUCUUGGCCCUUUGUGCUUCUGAAAUGAAGAAUCCUAGAAAAUCAGUCGGUAUCGCUGCCAAGAGAUCAUAUAUCCGUAUCUACUUGUUCUAUUUUGGUGGUAUUUUCUUCCUUAAUUCAAUUUGUGCUUCAAAUGACCCUGUCUUAGUUGCAGCCAUGGAAUCUGGUGCUGUAGGUGCUAAUGCUUCUCCUUGGGUCAUUGGAAUUAAGAAUGUCGGAGUUCAUGGUUUGGAUUCCUUAGUAAAUGCCUUGAUUUUAACUUCGGUAUGGUCUUGCGGGAACGGUUUCUUCUAUGGUGCUACCAGAUGUUGGUAUAGUGCUGCCUUAGCUGGAUACUUACCUAGAUUCUUUUCAAAGUGCUUGCCAAACGGUUCUCCCAUCUAUUGUGUCUUUGGGACAGUUUUGAUCUCAUUAUUGGCAUAUAUGACUUUGAAUCAGGGUGCUGCAGUUGUUUUCAAUUGGUUUAUUAAUUUGGCUACGACUGGUAUGUUAUGCACAUACCUUUGUCUUUGGGCAUGCUAUUUCAAAUUCAAACAAGUUUAUCCGAAACAGACAGGUAUACCUUUCAAAAAGCCUGAAUAUCAAUACUAUUUAGCUGCAAGAUUUAUUCACCCUUACUUUACUUACUUUGGUUGCUUCUUGAAUAUCUGUGUGUUGUUUUUCAAUGGUUUCUGGAUCUUUUUCCCAGGGAAUUUCUCAAUUGCCAACUUAUUUACAUCAUACUUCGCUCCUACCUUCUUCAUUUGCUUGUUUGUUUUCUGGAAAUUCUUUAAGAAGACUCACUUAAGAACUGUUGAAGAGGCUGACAUAACCACAGGGAAACAGGAAAUUGAUUACGAAGAAGAAUUAGAAAGAGAAGAAGAAGCCAAUCGUACUCCACCUACGGGAAUUGCCAAAAUUGGUCAUAAGAUUUCUAAUUUCUGUUUUAAUUAG